UACUUAUCAUUCAUACCUCAACAUUUUGAGACAAACAAACAUGUUCUCCAAACUCGUAACCCUCUUUGCCGUUGUGGCGGUGUCUUCCGCUGGACUCCUGCCAGUGGCUGUCAAAUACUCGCCCGCGUCUGCUGUCUCCUCCCAGAGCAUUGUUCGCCACGACGAGCCCCAAGCCAUCGGCGCUAAGGUGGCCAUCGCCGCUCCUAUCGCCUACCAAGCCGCUCCCGCUUCCAUCGCCUACCACGCCGCUCCCGCUCCUAUCGCGUACCAUGCCCCCAUUGCCAAAGUGAUCGCUCAACCAGAAGAGAUCGCCUACCCCAAAUACGAGUACAACUACUCCGUCGCCGACGGCCACACCGGCGACAACAAGCAACAACAGGAGGUCCGCGACGGCGACGUCGUGAAGGGCUCGUACUCGUUCCACGAGGCCGACGGCUCCAUCAGGACCGUGCAAUACACCGCCGAUGACCACAACGGAUUCAACGCCGUCGUACACAACACCGCCCCAGCUCACGCUGUCGUCAAGGCCGCGCCCGUGCUCGUCAAGGCUGCCUACGCCGCCCCCGCCUACUACCACUAAGCGUUACCAUAGACCCUCUACCAAAUGACUGUUAACUAUUUAUUUUAGCAAUAUAGAAAUGAAAUUCAAUUA